AUGAACCAAUUAGAUCAAACAACUUACACCACUCGGCACACACACAGGCACACACACACACCACUACUGGGUGCAACAAUACAACAACAGAGGAGAAGACUGCGAGAACAACAAAAAAGAAUUCUUUACGAGCCUCGCUCCGGUGCACGGUCAUCAAGUCAGCUCGUUCAACAUUCAAGAGGCAUCGAUGAUAAUAUUCAUUCAUUUGAUCAAACCGCCGACGAUGUCGAGGACGGAGAUGCAGACGACGAUGGAGACGACUUUCAUUAUGGGCCUGGGUCUCCAGACCCUGUCCCCAGUAGUCCCCCAUCCGAGCUCCAUCACCGUCCACCUCCGUCUACUGGGAGGCCGCCCAAACGCAGUCCAAAACCAAGUCAGGAACCAAGUCGGUGGUUGCAGGGAUGUACAAAAACAUAUUGCCAAAGUAGCAGCAACAGGCAAAGCAACUACGGCAACAUCAUCGACCAACAACAGCAACACGAGAAAUCUCAACAGCAGCAUUAUGCAUCAUUACACUGA